AUGUCUUCUGUUGUCUCUCCGGUAUAUAAUCAUCGUAACGGUUCAUCUAUUGAUGAACUUGAUUCAAGAACAACCAAAAGGAUGAAAACUAGACACGAAAAUGAUGACGAAAUUGAUUUGGACAAAUACAACGAUGGUAAUAUUGUUAAAAUCAAAUUGAAGAAUUUCGUCACUUAUUCUAAAACUGAAUUCAUUCUAUCCCCAACAUUGAAUAUGAUUAUUGGUCCCAAUGGUACUGGUAAAUCCACCUUUGUUUGUGCUAUUUGUCUAGGCUUAGGAGGCAAGCCUGAAUUGUUGGGCAGACAAAAAUAUGCAGUGGAUUUCAUCAAAGAAGGCGAAGACUUCUGCUUCAUUGAAAUUACUUUGAAAUUUGAUCAUCGUGAUAAGAAAACUAUAACCAUCAGAAGAGAGAUGACUAGAAGUCCUAAGGCUAAAUCGAAGGAAAAGUCUGAGUGGUUUGUUGACAAUGCUAAAAAGGAUGAGAGAGUUAUUGCUAAACUCUUGAAGCACCUAAAUCUCCAAUUGAACAACUUAUGUUGUUUCUUACCCCAGGAUAAAGUGUCUUCAUUUGCUGCUUUGAAGCCUGAGGCAUUGUUAAUGGAAACUGAAAGAGCCACCGAUCCUCAUUUAUUGGAGCAACACGAAAAGUUGAUUGAAUUGGAUGCCUCUAGAUAUGAAAUCAAGAAGGAACUUGAAAGAAAUGAAGAGAAUUUGGCCAAUAUUGAAGCCAGCCGUGAAAGAUUGAAAGAAGAGGCGGAAAAGUUUUUGAAGUUCAAGCAAAAGAAAGAUGAAUUAGACCUUCAUGAAAAAUUGCUUCCUUAUGCGAUUGUCAGGGAUCGUAAAAAGAAGGCUGCAAAUUUGAAAGAAAGAAGGGAUGCUUUGCAAGCCAAACACAAAAAAUUUCUCAAAUUUGCCAAUCCUUUGGAUGAGCGGACUUCACAGCUUGAAAAAGAAAUCAAUAAGAAAGGACGAAAAAUUGAGAAUCUCAAAUCCCAUGUUCUGGACGUGAAGAAUGAUCUCAAAGAAAAAACAAAGCUCAAAGCUGAUAUUGAUAGGACAAUUGAAAAGUAUGAAUCAGAAAAAUCAAAAUUGCAAAGCAGAUCUGAGCGUAAAAGAGAAGAAUUAAUGAAAGUUAUUGAAGAAAUUUCUCAAAUAAAAACGGAUUUGCAAAAUAUUCCAGAAGUUGAUGAAGCAGAGUUAAGGUCUGUUCACCAAAAGAGACUCGAAGCCCGUGAAAAGCAAGGUGAAUUGACUCCUGAAAUCAAUGAGUUGAAAGACAUCAUUAGAGAUGCUAAGAGCAAGGCUGAUAGAAUCAACAAUAAAAUCUAUAAUUUGCAAAAACAAAUCAAAUCAAAUGAUAAGAUUGGUGUUCUUGAUAGAAUCAAGUCAAAACAAUUUCGAGACACAAAGUCCGCAGUACUACGGGCUAGACAGAAUCCCCAAUUGGCUCACAAAUUAUUUGAACCGCCAAUUUUGUCUACCAAUAUUACUGAUGAUAGAUAUGUAAAAUAUUUUGAAGCGUUGGUUGAUAACAACACUAAAUUGGCAUUCACUGCUAAAUCCCAAGAGACGAAUGAUCAAGUGAGCAAAAGUAUUUUUGGUGACAUUAAUGUAUCAAUGAGAGUUCCAGGAAAGACUUCAGGUAGAAAUUUCACAGAUGAGCAAAUUAAAAAGAUGGGCUUUGAUGGUUAUUUAAUUGACUUCAUUAAGGGUCCGGAAGAAGUCAUAAAAACUGUUUAUGAAAGUAUGUAUAAUGUUCCUGUUAGGUUGAAUGACAUAUUACCACAGCAAUUGGAAAAUGCACAAAAAGUCGGUAGCAAUGGAAAACCAAUGUUCGGGAUUAUCUGUGCUGGUGAUACAAUUUACAGAAUCACUAGAUCUAGAUAUGGAUCAAAGCAAGCUGUGUGUUCUGCUGAGCAAAUAAGAAUAUUUAAAUCCCCGUUAUUUGGUAGUAAAGAUAUCAAUGAUAAUGCUGAAAAGGAAAUUGAUAAUUUGAAAGCUCAGUUGUUGCGAAUUAACCAAGAAGCUUCUCCGCAAAAUGAAAGACUUUCUGAAUUGAAAUCCCAGCUGGAUCAAUAUAGGGCCGAUUAUGAUCACUGGAAUAAAGAACAUGGUAAAAUCAAUGGGUUGAGAAGUAGCAUUCAUAAUCUCAAAAACAAACUUGAAAGAAAAGAGACUGCUCGUGAUGCUUUGAUUCAGGAAGCUGAAAAAGAUAUGAGUUCCACCAUUGUAAAAGUUGAAAGGAAGAUUACUUCUCUUCUUCAGAAAAGAAUCGAAGCUAUUGAAGAAUUGGCGAUACCAGUGGUGGAGAUUAACAAAUUUUCUUAUGAAUUGACUUCUCUUGAAUUUGAAAAAAUUGAAUUACACAAUAAAAUGGUCUCUAUGGUUAAGAUGGGUGCUGAAUUGGAUGGUUUCAAGGCCAGAUUUAAGGAUGAAGUUGAAAAAGCUACGAAGCAAUAUGAUAUUGCAAGAAAAUCCAAUGAAGUCAAGAAGUUGAAGGCUAUAACAGCAGAAUACUCUGAGGAAUUAAGACUACAGAUUGGUGAAUUGGCGGCUGUUUACCAAGCCGAGGACCAUUUAACAGAGCCAUAUAUUGUUGCUAGGAUUGAAGCAAUAAAGGAUGAAAUCGGGUCGCUUGAAGAUGCUUCUUCUUCCUCUAUUGAUAAAUUACAAACUAUUGAGAGAAAAUUGGAAGAGAUCGCCAAGAUUGUCCCAGAUCUCAAGGCCAAUCUUGCCAUGCAUGAGAAACAAAUUAACGAAAUUAAAGGUCCGUGGGAAGAAAGACUUGAUAACUUGGUACAAAAUAUUUCCAAGAAUUUUUCAAAGAAGUUUGUGGCGGUGGCCAGUGCUGGUGAAGUUAUAUUGAAUAAAGCCGCUACUGGUUUGAAAGAUUGGAAAUUGGAGUUGUUGGUUAAAUUCAGAGAUGAAGGUGAGUUGAGGGUGUUGGAUCCAUUUAUUCAAUCUGGUGGUGAAAGAGCGGUGUCGACUAUUUUCUUCAUGUUGUCUUUACAAGGUUUGACAAGUUCUCCAUUCAGGGUUGUGGAUGAAAUUAAUCAAGGUAUGGAUCCAAAGAAUGAAAGUAUUGUUCAUAAAUAUAUGGUGGAAAGUGCGUGUCAAAGUGAUGAGCAAGGCAAUUACUCGCAAUACUUUUUGAUCACUCCUAAAUUGUUGACCAAUUUAUUCUACCAUGAGAAGAUGGCUGUUCAUUGUAUAAUGGCGAAUCACAAAGUUUCCGAUGAUUUUUGGAGAUAG